AUGCACAAGAUAUUGGCAGCGUGGGACCUGUCAGUUGCGGUGGAGGACCUGGCCGAUGCUCCGCCCAUCACUGUCAGUGUGACCUCUGACCUACACAUAGGUGGGGUCAUCCUCAAACUGGUGGAGAAGUCACAGGUAAAGCGUGACUGGUCAGAUCAUGCCCUGUGGUGGGAGCAGAAGCAGCAGUGGCUCCUGCGAACGGCCUGGACCCUUGAGAAGUGUGGCAUCCAGGCAGAUGCCGGGCUCAUCUUCAUGCCCCAGCACAAGCCCCUGAGGCUGGGCCUGCCCAACGGACUGAACCUCAGGCUCCGGGUCUGCUUCUCUGGGUCUGUGUUCCGCACUGUGCUGGGCAUCUGCAAGAUGCUGAACAUCCGUCGGCCAGAGGAGCUGUCCCUGCUGCGACCUGUAGAGGAGAAGAAGAGGAAGAAAGAUAGAGACUUGUCAGAGGAACUGUAUGACCUCACAGAAGUGCCUCUCACCUCAGUGUCCCGCCCCUGCUUGUAUAAUGGAAUGCCUGCCCAUUUCGCUGACUCCCCUAAGACUGAGAAGGUGUACAAGAUGCUGUCAGUCUCCCAGCCUGCUCCCCCCCCAGAGGCCAUUGCUAAGCUGUACCGCCCCGCCAGUGUGGUAGACAAGGCCCACAUCCACAGCAGGUGGCUGGACUCUUCUCGUUCACUGAUGCAGCAGGGCGUUCAGGAGAAUGACAGACUCUGGCUGCGCUUCAAAUACUACUGCUUCCAUGACCUGGAGCCCAAGUAUGAUGUGGUGCGCCUGACCCAGAUGUAUGAGCAGGCUCGCUGGGCCAUCCUACUGGAGGACAUAGAAUGUACUGAGGAGGAGAUGCUGCUGUUUGGAGCUAUACAGUACCACAUCAACAAGCUGUCCCUGUCGGAGCCCCAGACGAUGACCUCCAGUCCAGCCAUGGAUGACCUGGACUCAGCCCUACAGUGUCUGGAGGUCAAGCUGGUCGGGGCGGACAGCAGCCCCCAAGACAUGCUGGUCAGAAGUUGGCUGGCACUCUUCUCGUUCACUGGAUGGAGCAGGGAGCAUUUCAGGAGAUUAUUGCGAACUUCUUCGGGGAUUCUCACAGUCAUGCUGGACCAGUUGCGCAUUUCCCGCACUCUUGUACCAGUUGUCGCAUGCGGCUCCCUGCGGAGGCAGACCGGCUCCUCCAAGCGUGGGCUCAGGAAGAGUCUGGCAGACAGCUCAUUCCAGAGCGAGGUCCAGAGCAUCCGAUCCUUCCUGGCCAUGCAGCAGACCAACCCCAACACACACACUGAUGACAGCAUGAGCAUCAACACACACAGCCUGGUCUCUCCACGCUACAGCAAGAAGUACAAGGCCAAACAGUUGACCCCUCGUAUCCUGGAGGCAUAUCAGAACGUGGCUCAGCUCUCCCUGACCGAUGCCCUCCUCCGCUUCCUCCAGAUCUGGCAGGCCCUGCCUGACUUUGGUAUCUCCUUGGUGGUGGUGAGGAGAUACCAGAAGUCAGCAGGCCUGCCAGAUCCGCCCUACCUCACCACCACCAAGGAGAUUACCAAAGUCAGCAGGGCCUGCAAUCCUCCUUACCUCACCACCACCAAGGCAGAUACCAAGUCAGCAGGCCUGUCGAUCCUCCUUAACUCACCACCACCAAGGAGAUACCAAAGUCAGCAGGCCUGUCAUUCCUCCAUUACCUCACCACCACCAAGAGAUACCAAAGUCAGGCAGGCCUGCCAUCCUCCUUACCUCACCACCACCAGGAGGCGCGGCGAUACCAAACAGCAGGGCCUGUCAGAUCCUCCUAUACCCACCACCACCAAGAGAUACCAAGUCAGGCAGGGCCUGCCAGAUCCGCCUUACCUCACCACCACCAAGGAGAAUACCAAAGUCAGGCAGGCCUGUCAGAUCCUCCUUACCCUCACCACACCACCAAGGAGAUACCAAAGGAAGAGUCUGGCAGACAGCUCAUUCCAGAGCGAGGUCCAGAGCAUCCGAUCCUUCCUGGCCAUGCAGCAGACCAACCCCAACACACACACCGACGACAGCAUGAGCAUCAACACACACAGCCUGGUCUCUCCACGCUACAGCAAGAAGUACAAGGUCAAACAGUUGACCCCUCGUAUCCUGGAGGCAUAUCAGAACGUGGCUCAGCUCUCCCUGACCGACGCCCUGCUCCGCUUUCUCCAGAUCUGGCAGGCCCUGCCAGACUUUGGAAUUUCCUUUGUGGUGGUGAGGUUCAAGGGCAGCAGGAAGGACGAGGUGCUGGGUAUCGCCCCCAACCGUCUGAUCCGUAUCGACCUGGGGGUGGGAGACGUGGUCAAGACAUGGCGUUACAACAACAUGAGGCAGUGGAACGUCAACUGGGACAUACGACAGGUGGCGAUAGAGUUUGAUGGGAACGUGAACAUGGCGUUCAGUUGUGUGACGGCUGACUGUAAGAUCGUUCAUGAGUUCAUUGGAGGCUACAUCUUCAUGUCGACACGCAGCCGCGAGCAGAGUGACACGCUCAACGAAGAGCUCUUCCACAAGCUGACGGGGGGCCACGAGGCUCUGUGACACCCUCACCCAGUAAUAUACAGCAGCUAUAGCCCAAGGAGCAAUCUAUACAUCCAUACAGCAGAUACACCAGUGGACAGUUUGAUUGUUUUAGGGUGCGGCUGCAGCAGCCUUGAAGAGAAAUGACAACCAGUCCACGCUGGGAUCCUAACAGACAUGCAGUUGACUAUUCAAUAAAUUAAGGAAGAGGUGACCCAUGAAUAGAAAGUUAUAGAAAAUUAUUAACAAUGUAAUGAAUUGUCAAUUCUGAAAUCCAGAAUUAAAUAUGUUUAUUGACAUACAUAAAAAAG